GCAUUCUAUCACAUGAUACUGCCAGAAUUGCGAUCAGAUGGAAACCACUCUCUAGAGGGUGGAGCGAUCCUUGUAGUAGAAAUAUACCGAAAUGCAGUGCGUCGUUGUUUGAUUCAGGUCCUUGCGGGCGUUAUUCGCUAGUGGUGACCAAAUAGAAAUUGGUAGUCGAGUAGCGAUCGUAACGAUAGAAUGGAAGACCGCCUUUAUCUGAGUCUCUUUAAUAUUAAGAUUUAUGCGACAGCGAUAUGAAAUGCGGUUGUGGCGAUUAUAUGGAAAUCAGCCUUUAUUAGAGUCUUUUUUAUAUAUGUAUAUUUAAUUUUCUUUGGCAGCAAUAUGAAGUGAGAUGGCAUUGCAUUCAAGGUCGUGGGCACUGUUACUGGAAUGAGUAUUAUGGAUGGCAAGAGCUAACCGUGAGCACAACAACUGCCACAGUAAAUUUGACACGCUAUGACAUGGCGUACGUGUUUCAAGUGCGAGUGCUCACACCCCAAGGCAGAGGAAAACCCAGUCAACUAUAUUACGCUGUUCCAGCAUUCAGUGGAAUGCCUACUCAGUUUAAUUGCAAGGUCACACCUUCCAACUCUUUAAUUGUGUGCCACUGGGUACCGCCCACAGAUUUCAAUCCAUCUGGAUUUUAUUACUACUCUUUCAAGUAUAGAUGUGAUGACUGCCUCUAUAAUCCUACUAGAUACAAAAUAAUAUACGAUUUUAAUCAAACGUCGGUAAAUGUAACUGUGAACAGCGGAGCAACUUACACGGUGUGGAUCCAAGUGCGUUCAAGGUAUGGAACUGGAAAAUGGGCAGAAACAACAGCAGCUACACAGCCUUCACUGGGGCAAGUUACCAAGCUGAUGGCUCAUGCAGACAGCCAUAACCCGACCCUUGCUCAUCUGACAUGGGGACCACCAAGCAACGUUAAAAUUCCCAUUCUGUAUUACGUGGUAAUUACUACAUGCCCGAAUUGCAGUAGUUUUGACCCAAUUAGGACAAAGAUUUACGGGACCAGCUUCAGCCAGAACCUUUCUUGUGGUCAGACAUACGUCUUCACUGUCACGGCAGCUGCCCAGCUGGAGGCUAGUACUCCCAUUCAAACAUACAUCCAACUGAAACCUGCCUCUAUAGAACCAGUCGCAAACCUGACUGUCAAGUAUUUCCCUGGCACCCUUAGUGAUGUCGUUCCCGACGAAUCGUUUGACACGUUUCUGUUGACGUGGGAUCCACCGAAGAAUUUACCUGACAGAAUUGAGGGUUAUGAAAUUGUGGUAUUUAAAGAUAACACCAAGGUUAAAAGCAGCACGACAAAGGUAACUCGCUUGUUAAUCAAGUGCAACGACCUAGAAAAGGGACGGAGAUACGUUUUCCUUGGUCACGUCAAGGCGUUAUGUGGUUACGGCAACGUAAAAUACACGUCUGGAUAUUACCCCCGUAGUGGUGAUACGCCUUCGGUCGCCCCCACUGCUGGCAAACAAACCGGUACGAAGCACGGUCUGAAUGCGGCCGUAUGGGCAGUGCCGGUAGCCAUUGUUGGACUGAUCUUUGUUAUUAUCCUGGCGUUCUUUAUUCGUAAAUCUCGUCGACUGGAACGUUCCAUGUUUGCUCUUAUGACCAGACGUUCCAUGGACGAUGAUGGCGGAGUCACAUUUCAUUCAGACGAAGAUGUACCCAUAAUUCAAGGCUUCUCGGACGAUGAACCGCUGGUCACUGCAUAAACGGCUCGUCCGCGGGCCUGGACCUUUCCCGUUUGUGCUUAGUUUUAUAAAGCUUAAAAUGAACUGUGUCUUACUCUUUCCACUCGAAAAAUCGAUAAAACCCGUGGGCAUAAUUUGCCGCAUCUCGCUUGAUCAUUUCGAGUGGCAAUAGUACGAAUCGGUUCACUGUAAUGGUUAAGUGUUGUAAUCUGUAGAUAAAUUUUGUAUGCCUGAUAAAAUGGUAGGUCUACCGUAA